AUGCGCUUUACCACCAGCUGUUCAGACUGUUCAGACUCACUUCUAUGCUUCAAGAUCGUCAAAAUGCUCAGUAAGGUUGUGGGUCCGAAGAUUAUUUCCAUCGCCAAAUCGUGGAUUCCAACUCUCGCUGUGUGGGGCACAGCUGGAGGAGUCGCACUAAUGAAUAAAAGAAAAAGGUUUGGGGGACAUGGAGCUUACAGUUGUGGCCACUGGACAUCUUGCAUGGAUGAAAAUAAUUAA